GCGACACGACGCUACUCGGCUGCGCCUUCGGUGAGCUCUAUCAUGUGGUUGCCAGGCGUGUAUACACAUGUUCAACUUUUUACCCAUGACUAUAUAUCAUAUUAAAAACGGAGGGUUUGGGGUUAACACGUCACUCGUGUUAUUCUUAUGGAUUGAGAAGAGAAUCUAGUGAGGAGGAACAACGCUUGUGUGCGUUAGCUUAGCCCGCUAACGAGCUGCUAAUGGUCUGUAAGCAUUAGAGGACAUUUGUGUGAGAUAUAUAAUCAUGAAGGGACAAGUGAAAAAGAAAGUCUUCAAAAAGAAGAACAAUGAGCAACUGCGUAAGUACAUGGCGACGGUAAAAGAGUUCCUCCAAAAAAAUGAAGGUGGUGGACCAGGUAAAGAUGAUGAAGAUCAUGAUGAUGGUGGAGGAAGCGGCCAGGAGGACAACAAGUACAGUGUUAAGUUGGUCCAGAGGAAAAGUCGCAAAGAGAUGAGAAAAGAAAAGAGGAAAAUAAAAAAGGCUAAAAUGAAGUGCUACUAUGAGGGGAAUAAAGAGUUAUUACAGGAGGAGACAGCCACUGAACCCCCUAAAAAAAAGAAGAAAAAAGCCAAGGCUGCCCCACAGAGUUCAGACACCGACGGUACACAACCUCCAGAAGGCAAGAAGGGAAAGAACCACGACAAAAAGCUCGAAGAGGAGAGGAAGAGAGUUCUGCUGGAGGACAACGAGGCUGAGGAAAGAGAGAUCAAGAUGAUGGAGAAAUUUUUGGGCUACAACAAGAGGAAGAACAAGAACAAACUACCACAGUCCUUUGCCGAUGACGGGCUGGACUACGUCCUGGGGGUGAUUGGCUCUGGGGCAGGUGGGGGGGUCAUGUAUGACAGUGAGGAGGACGUAGAGCAGGCCAAGGAGAAGUUUGCCCAGCUUGAUCAGAGCGAGUCGGAGCUGUCCGAUGAUGAAGAGGGGAGUGAGAAGGAUGAGGCAGCAGGCAAUGAAGGUGGGGAAAACGAGGAAGGAGAUGAUCUGGAGUCUAUAGAUGAAGUCAUCGAGGAUGAUGAAAUUGAGGAAGAUGAUGAGGGCAUGGAUGAGGAGGAGGACGACGAUGAGGAAGAGGCGAUGGAAGAUGAGCAGAAGGAAAUGGAUGAAGCUCCAUCAGCCAAUGAGGGCGAAGUCAAGUCAGAAGAAAAAGGAGACACAGAGACUUCGUUGCUAAUUCCCCAGCCUGCUGCAGUGAAGUACAUCCCGCCUCACCUGCGCGUCCCGGGGGAUGAUAAACGCCGAGCGGAUCUGGAGACGCUGCGGAGGAGGGUGAAGGGGCUGCUGAACAGGCUGAGCGAGGCCAACAUGGCGUCCAUCCGUGCUCAGCUGGAGGAGAUGUACAUGAGCUCCAGCAGGAAGGACAUGAGUGACACGCUGACUGAGGUGGUGCUGGCCGCCUGCGUCACCCCCAGCCUCAUGCCUGACCGGCUGCUGCAGGAACACGUGCUGCUGCUCAGCCUGCUGCACCACUCCGUAGGCCUGGAGGUGGGCGCUCACUUCCUGGAGACAGUCGUGCGUCGGUUCGACGCCGAGUACCGUGGGCAGGGGGAGGGCAAGGAGACGGACAACCUGCUGGCCAUCAUCUCCCACCUCUACAACCUGCAGGUGGUCCACUCCCUCCUCAUCUUCGACAUCCUGAAGAGGCUGGUGGGGGCGUUCGGGGAGAGGGACAUCCAGCUGGUGCUGUUCGUCCUGAAGAACGUGGGCUUCUCCCUGCGCAAGGACGACGCCCUGGCCCUGAAGGAACUCAUCAACGAGGCCCAGAGGAAGGCCAGCCAGAUGGGGCCCACCGUCACAGACCACACCCGGGUGCGCUUCAUGCUAGAGACCAUGAUGGCGCUGAAGAACAACGACAUGAGGAAGAUCCCGGGCUACGACCCUGAGCCCCUGGAGAAGACCAAGAAACUACUGCGGACUCUGACCCAGGCUAGCCGUGGGGGAUCAGACCUGACGCUGCGUGUGUCUCUAGACAACAUCCUAGCUGCUGACCAGGUGGGCCGCUGGUGGAUCGUCGGAUCCUGCUGGUCGGGAGCGCCAAUGAUAGGCCACACCCCCAAACCUACCACCGCCCCUGGGGGACAGUUCAGUGCCAAGGUGCUGGAGCAGGCCAGGAAGCAGAGAAUGAACACGGACGUGAGGAGGAACAUCUUCUGUGUUGUGAUGACCAGCGAGGACUACCUGGAUGCCUAUGAGAAGCUGAUCAGGAUGGGUCUGAAGGACCAGCAGGAGCGGGAGAUCGUCCAUGUUCUGAUGGACUGCUGUCUGCAGGAGAAGACCUUCAACCCCUUCUACGCCGUGCUGGGAGAGAAGUUCUGUGGCCACGACCGUCGCUUCCAGAUGACCUUCCAGUUCGGUCUGUGGGACAAGUUCAAGGAGCUGCCCAGCUUCAGCAGCAGUGUGUUCUCCAACCUGGUGCAGCUGGUCACACGCCUCCUGCUCAGGAAGAGCCUCUCCCUCUCCGUCCUCAAGGUGAUAGAGUUUGGGGAGCUGGACAAAGUGCGGGUGCGGUUCCUCCGCCAGGUGUUGACUCGGUUGCUGAAGGAAGCCCAACCUGAGGAACUGACCGCCAUAUUCAGCAGGAUCUCGGGGGUUCCCAAGCUGGGCAUGCUACGCGAGGGGUUGAAGCUCUUCAUCAGCCACUUCCUGUUGAGUAAAGCAGAGUCCAAAGGGACAGCAGACGAAGCCCGACUCCUGCUGGAGCACGCUGACAUUGCCACCAAGGCCAUGGAGGCCAAAGACAAUAAGCUCAGACUCUAACCGCGACAAUGGAACCCUGAACACUCUGAACCAUACAGCUGAAACGGCUCCACCGCCUUUUAUUUUUACUUUGUUUGUGAUUUUUAUUUGAACUGGCAUAGCUGGUUUGGCUGGUUAGCUAUGAUUUUUGGUUUGGUUACAGUUCAUUGAUUUGUACAAAGUUAAUCGUGUAUGUUUCCGAAAAAGAGAAUUAAAUUCGGAAAUAUGAAAAUUUAAUUAAAACGGAAUUGAGUUUUAA